UCUCAGGUUUCUGCUGAUCCUGCAGAGUCAAGAAAUGGCUCGAGUUUGCCCCUUGCUCUGCUUGUAUUCCGCAGCCGCCUCGUCUCUGCCACGCGCGUCCCGCUCCUUCCUGCCGCUGCGGCUCUAGCCAGGGCGAGCCAAGAUCUGCGCUGGGGACGCAGCUGCAGGGCUGCGGCUUUCCCCCUUCCCUGCUGCUGCCCGGCUCUCUUAAGGGCACAGGCAGAAGGAAAGCGAAAGAGCCGCUCGCCGCGUCCUGUUUGUUUGGACGCGAUCCUUUUGGGCGGGUGACCCUUCCUCUCCCCAUCGUUACCCGCCUGGUUCCCAGCGCCGCCGAAGCUGGCAGAUGAAUAUUUCAGCAUCUCGCAGGCAGCCCUGUAAAGCGAUCUCGGCAGGGGCACAGGCGGAGGAGGAGGGUGAGUUUGCUGCUGCGCUUUUUGGAUGCUGCCGCUGCUGCUGCGACUUGACGCAUUCCGGCAGGGUCUCCAGGUCCUCAUCCCUCCAGCUGACCCGGGGGGCAGCCUCCAGCGACUGCCCCGAAGCGAGCUUUAUUCCCCCAAACCAAGAGGCGGGAGGCCAGUGGAAAUUGCUGUGUUGGCAUCGCAAGCAAUCGCAUCCCAGCCCCCCCUUUUAUUUAUUUAGUUUGGUGGUAACUCCGUGGCAGCAGCAGCAGUGAUGGUCAAGUCAGCGAGAAAAGCAGCAGGACCUUAUUAAAGGCAAAAGGAACCGGCUGGGGAGGGGAGCCCAGCCUGGAGUGUGUGAUUGACACCCCCCAAAACCUUCUACCUUGGGACACACACAGGGGACCCCUCAUGCCUCCUUCCCAUCUCCUCUUUCCCCUCUGAAGUUCUCCACCCCUUAUCCCUCCCUUUCCUGAUUCUCUCCAUCCCAGCCCCCUUUUCCCUCAUCUAUUUCUCCUUCACCUUUCUGGGGUUUUCUAUCCCUGAUCCUCAUCCUGUGCCCCACCACCACCACCCUUAAAGCUCUUCUGGAUCCACCAUCCCUCCUUACAUCCUCUAAGGCUUUGCAUCCGAGACUCCCCAUCCUUCUCCCCUGAGGCUCUCCCCUCUUGGGGCUCUCCAUUUCAGACUCCUCUCACCCACCCAAGGUGUCCCUCUAUAUCCCUGAGACUCCCGCACCAGCUGUGCCACCAUGACUGUGAUGGCUGGAGAGAACAUGGAUGAGACCUCUGUCCUGCCAGGCCACCCGCAGGAUAGCUACCAGCCAGAUGCCCAUGAUGCCCAUGAGUGCUGCGAGCGGGUGGUGAUCAACAUCGCCGGGCUGCGCUUUGAGACCCAGCUGAAGACCCUAGCCCAGUUCCCCAACACGCUGCUGGGCAACCCCAAAAAGCGCAUGCGGUAUUUUGACCCAUUGCGCAAUGAGUACUUCUUUGACCGGAACCGGCCCAGCUUCGAUGCCAUCCUCUAUUACUACCAGUCUGGAGGCAGGCUCCGCAGGCCGGUCAAUGUGCCUCUGGACAUGUUCUCUGAGGAGAUCAAAUUUUAUGAGCUAGGUGAGGAGGCCAUGGAGAAAUUCCGGGAGGAUGAAGGGUACAUCAAGGAGGAGGAGAAGCCCUUGCCCGAGAAGGAAUACCAGCGCCAGGUAUGGCUUCUGUUUGAGUACCCGGAGAGCUCUGGGCCAGCCAGGGUCAUUGCAAUAAUCUCAGUCAUGGUGAUCCUCAUCUCCAUCGUCAUCUUCUGCCUAGAAACUUUGCCGGAUCUGAAGGAGGACAAGGACUUUACAGGGACUCUGCAACACAUUGACAAUUCCACCGUGAUCUACAAGUCCAACAUUUUUAGCGACCCUUUCUUCAUCGUGGAAACCCUUUGCAUCAUCUGGUUUUCCUUUGAGCUGGUGGUGCGCUUCUUCGCCUGUCCCAGCAAGCCCGAGUUUUUCAAGAAUAUUAUGAACUUCAUUGACAUAGUGGCCAUCAUCCCCUACUUCAUCACCUUAGGAACUGAGAUGGCUGAGCAAGAAGGCACCCAAAAGGGGGAGCAGGCCACCUCUCUGGCUAUCCUGAGAGUCAUCAGACUGGUAAGAGUCUUUAGAAUCUUCAAACUCUCCAGACAUUCUAAGGGCCUCCAGAUUUUGGGACAAACCCUCAAAGCAAGUAUGAGAGAGUUAGGUUUACUAAUCUUCUUCCUCUUCAUUGGGGUGAUCUUGUUCUCCAGCGCGGUGUAUUUUGCUGAAGCUGAAGAACCUGAGUCUCAUUUCACAAGCAUCCCUGAUGCUUUCUGGUGGGCUGUGGUAAGCAUGACCACUGUGGGAUAUGGUGACAUGUACCCUGUGACAAUUGGAGGCAAAAUUGUAGGCUCCUUGUGUGCCAUCGCUGGCGUGCUGACAAUUGCCCUGCCCGUACCUGUCAUCGUGUCCAACUUCAACUACUUCUACCACCGAGAAACAGAAGGGGAAGAACAGGCUCAGUUACUCCAUGUUAGCUCCCCCAAUUUAGCAUCUCACAGUGAUCUAAGUCGCCGUAGCUCCUCCACAAUCAGCAAAUCUGAGUACAUGGAAAUCGAAGAGGAUAUGAAUAAUAGCAUAGACAAUUUUAGAGAGGCUAAUCUCAGAACUGGCAACUGCACCAUAGCCAACCAAAACUGUGUUAAUAAAAACAAACUGCUGACUGAUGUGUAAAAAACAAAAAAAAAAAACCAAAACACUCUCAGCUUGAAGACUUUAAGUGACUCAGUCACACUUUGUAGAUGCUUUACUAGUAGUCUUUGAAUGCUUUAUUUAUCUCGUAAAUGCAUUGUUGCAUUGCGAAUUUUUGCUCAGUGAUCAAGAAGUUUUCAGGAUCCAUGAAAGAUAACAUUUUCAGUUAUUCUUAAAGGGUAUUUUCCAACUUGUAAAUGAUAACUAUUUGAACUAGGCUAGUGAUAAAAAACAAUCAUAUGCUUCUAAAUCUAAGCUUCUUUUUUUCAUCCUUGUUGCUUGUUUAACUUAAUUUUAAACAAAACACAACAGACAAUUUUAGAGAUAUAAAAAUAUGCAUGGAUUCCAGUAAAAUAUUCUGCAAAACUGCACAAUGCAUCCAAGAAAGUGCAUCAGAUAAAAACUUCAGCAAAAAAAUAUGCAGCGAGCAUUUGCAGCUGUUUUGAUCAACUGAAGUGUGAAUUUCCCCUCUUUUGUGAAAGAUGAUGUAGUUCUGAUCUACAAAUUCAUGCAGCACCUUAUUAAAAAUACACUUAAGCCUGGUCUUGUUGCUGUAUACACCCUUAGCAUAGAAGAACUAUUCUAUAAGGAAAAAAAAAAAAAGACAGAACAUCUGUAAUGCUGCUAAGUUUUCUUAAGUGCAGAUGGUUUAAACACACUUUUUUUCCCCUCUCCAGGACUGGAAGCAAAAACUUUUAGCCCCUUUGUUGCAAAAUAGCACAAUGGAGUUUAAUAUAAGCAUGUCUGAAUUUGAUACUAUUUACUUUAUAAUCGCAUGCCUAAAAUGUUACCUCAGACAAUAGGGGAUAAGCUUUUGUUUGAAAUGAAUCUUCUAAAAAUAGGUUCUUUAUCUUUUCUUUUUUUCUUUUCUUUUUUGAUUUGCAUUCACCAAAAGUGCACUCCUUAAUUUAUUAAAUAUUUGAUUAGUAAUUUAAAGUACUGUAUUAAAGUAUGUAUGUUAGUCAAACGGGAACAAUAACUUUUGGAGAUCAAAGCAUGUUCAAAUAUUCAGCAUUAUGGCCGAAAUGACUGAGGUGUAACUUGAAUCAAUUAAUGCAUGAAUUCAGUAAUAAUAAUAAUAAUAAUAAUUAAUAAUUA